AUGUAUCGCACUGGUGGUGUGGCAGCGCACCGAAGCGGUAACUCGUGGUUCCAGGCGCGGGCGCGCCAAUCCUCAAUAAAUCACCCAUUAUUGCGCCGUCCGAAUUUCACUGACCAUCUCUCCGAGAGGGAUACCAGCGGUUGUCCAAAUGUUAUUGUCUUGGACGACGAGAGUGAUGACAGGAACGAUGGCGAAGAAGAGCUCUUCAUCACCGGAAGCCGAAAUGUCGCACCACCCCAAGUUCAGAAAGUGGUUGACAUUGCUCAGAUCCAGCGAGUCGCCAGAGGACCAGUGAAGCUGGAGCCAGGUUGCGACGUCGAACUGACGGAUCAAACGUUCCUUCGAAUCGUGGAAUAUCUCCCAAACACCGGAGAACGUGGCAGCAUCAGAGGGUACAGACUCCUGUAUCAAAACCACUGGGAGCUGUUUAUGCCGGAGAGAAAGCACGAGCUAGUACAGCUCAUAAAGAUCAACGACGAGAUGGAGGUUGGGUACGUCACGACGACAGUGCCUGUCGGCGAAAUUGUGAGAAAUUGUACCAUCGUUUUCACAAACCAGCUGUAUAUGAACCUCCACUACCGCAAACACGUGGAAGCAUACACCGGCGAGGACCAUGAGCAAGCCGUUUACUUUUGCAGAUGGACCAGUGCAGACAGCAAUGUGCCCACUGAAGAAAGAGACCCAAGAGGACCGCCACUUUCGGGGAGAAUCGAUCACCUCCAGGCUCGGCAGGCCGACAAUGGCGCCCUGGUAACUCCAAAGGGGCAGAUUAAAUUCCAAAUCUCUGACCGAGAGGUGCGUCGGCAGUGGAGGGGAAUGGAAACAUCCACAAGCCGGAGGAAGACCUUUGCCGACGCGUUCUGCGGAGCUGGGGGCACCUCGGCGGGCGCAUUCCAAGCAGGCCUCAGGCUCAAGUUCGCCGUCGACUUCGAUAAAGUGGCCAUUGAAACUUACAGGAACAACUUUGGUCUGACCGGGACGCACCCUCUAUGUUGUGAUGUCUCAGACUUCAUUAAGAUCGCCUCCAUGUCGCCGCAGCGUUACGUGGUGGACUUCUUGCACAUAAGUCCACCGUGCCAGCCCUUCUGCGGUGCCAACCGCAACCCGAACCCGGAGAAGAACAAGCAGGACUUGGACUCAUUCUCCAAAGUCUCCAGCUUGCUAGAGGUCUGCAAACCGCGAAUCGUGACCCUCGAGGAGGCCAAGAGCCUCACAGACAUUGACAAGAGGGAACACUUCCGCAAUUUAAUUUGCGGGUUCAUCAAGAAGGCAUACAGUAUCCAGUGGAAAGCCGUCGAGCUGGCUAAGUAUGGCGUGCCUCAGACGAGACAUAGAACCAUCAUCAUUGCAUCUGGGCCAGGCGAGCGGCUUCCUGCUUUCCCCAAACCGACGCAUGGUACAGAACCAGGUCUUCUGCCUAUCCCAUCAAUCAUUAGCACCCUCGACGCGAUUCCGGUGGAUGCUCCACAACAAAACGAGAGGUCAGAGAUGCGGAAGACGAUGCCACCGUACCCAGGCCACGGGCUGUGCCAAACCAUUAUGACAUCGGACAAGCGCCACCACUACCACCCAUCCGGCACUCGAAGGUUUAAUAUUCGGGAGUAUGCGAGCCUGCAGACCUUUGGACACUACUUCGUCUUCUCCGGACGCAAAUCCCAGAUGCUGCGGCAGAUUGGGAACGCCGUGCCACCGUUGUUUGCUGAAACCUUGUUUACACACUUGAAGGCCGCGUUGAUUGCGGCAGACGAGGCUGAGGAUAGAGAAGAGCCGUAG